AGCCUUCCGGCCCAUCACCAGACUCACCAGCUGCAUUGGCAAUCUCUUCUGCAGGAAACACUUAAUUUUUUUUUCUUCUGUAACUACACUGUACACCAGUAGCCUGCUCCUACUACCUAUUCUCCAAUCCUUCAGUUUCCCCACAGCAGGUUUAAUAACAAGAAAAAUGAGCUGGGCAGGAGGAGACUGGAUGUGCCCUGCAUGCCAACACAUAAAUUUCAAGAAAAGGGAAGCCUGUCAACACUGCAGCUAUCCCAAGUAUGGUGGCCCUGAUCCAACCACAUUCAUAUACAAGAGACCUGGUGACUGGUACUGCACUACCAUGAACUGUGGAUCCCAUAAUUAUGCGAGCAGGUCAAGCUGCUACAGAUGUGGUGCAAUGAAGAAUGAUUAUGGUGGUGGGUAUGGAGGAGACAACAUGUACGGAUCAGAUGGCAGUAUUCCUCCUGGAUGGAAAACUGGUGAUUGGAUUUGCAGCAGAGUGGGAUGUGGAGAGCAUAAUUAUGCUAGCAGAACUGAAUGUUACAAAUGCAAAACAUCAAGGGAAUAUGGUGGAAUUUAACCAAGAAACCAGCUUUCUUGCCCUUUUCAGAAGACUAAUUAAUAAUGAGCUUUUGAAUGAUCUCAAGAUCACGGCCAUGUAUUUGAAUUUGGAAGGGUUUCUGGCUUUGUGUAUGAUUAUUGGUGUUCUUGCAUGAAGCUUAUAGAAUCCCUUCUUUCCUCUUUCUUUUUUUUUUCCUUCCAUAAUUGGAUACAGUAUAUGCUUUCUUUGCAUCCAUCAAGAUCACUCUUUUCUUGGAGAGUGAGUUGAUUUUUAAUUGGUGUUGUUGCAGUAGCUGCUUUUUAUGAGCUGGGUGGUGGUCCAUGGAAUGUAUGGGAGUGGUAGCUCAUUAAGAUCAA